GGAACUCAUUCCGUGAAAGAUAAAUCCCAAUCCAGGGGAAUACACAAUACACAAAGAACAAGCGUUAGAAGAAACAUCUCAGAUUAAAACUUUGCAAGCUAAUGCAAACAGCAAACGCUUUUCCAUGUCUGCAAAUUCCCAGGUGAGUAACGCAGGUCAUCUCACAAUAUAGUGAGAGAAAGGAGGUUUAGGAAUAGGUGGUGGAGUACAGGUAGGAGACGGGGCAAGAUCAAGGUUUAAUGACCAUAUCUUAUUCACCGAAAGGAGGGGGAUGUCUCUGCUGAAACCAAGUAAAAAGGCGUCUUGUUUUUAGAACAUGGAUAACGUCUGGGGCCAUGCGGAGAUAAAUGAAAGUCAUCCAAUAGAACAAGCAGGAUCAUCAGAGAACCCCAGGAUGUUCCACGUGGAACCCAUGGAGUCCAAAGAAUACCCCAAAUGCAGCAUUAACGUUCAAGGGAUCUCCUACACUGUCAGGUAUGACGUUGCAAAUUAAAAAUAAACAGCAUAGAUAAUAUUAUUAUUAUUAAGUUAUACAUAUAGCGCCAUCAAAUUCCGCAGAGCUUUAUAAACAACAGCAGGAAGCAAAACUACCAUAAAACUUGAUUCUUGUGCCUAUUAGCCUUAAUUAAACAAUAAAAACAAAAAUCACUUUGCAAGAUAUAGACCAGAUCGGGUUACACACUAAAGUAACAAUUGUUGGGAAUUUGAAAGUAAGUUCAAAAUGAUUUUCAAAUUUAAGGCCACAGUAACUUAACCGCUUGGCCGUUUUAAUAUCAUUUUAAAUUCCUGAUAAAUCUCACUUUGAUGAAUAAACCCUGAAAGUGUUUUAUACACAACACUGAAUACAUGCAUGCACAUAUCUAAAUGUAAUUGUAUACAAUUUUAUUAUUUCAUGUAAUAUUCAUGUAUUAUUGCAAAUGAAAUAUAAAUACCUGCAAUAUGUUCAAAAUAUAUUAUUGGUAUUCAUAGUUCUAAUCUAUUCCAUUACAAAAUAAUCUGUUGAAAUGAAUAGUACAUUUUAGGUUAGCACCCCUACUACUUAACUUUGCCAAUUAAUCCCUUCCCCAAAUUAUAUUCUAACUUUUCAAUGUCGCUUAAACUAUCACUGUCCACUUAAUACAUUUCCAUUUCCAUAACACCUGAUGCAUUGCUCUAACAAUGAAUGAAUAGAUUAUUGACAUUCGAUAUGUGAACCCUACUGUUUGCACUAUACAUAUACCAGUUUAAGCAGUCACAGAGAGAAUGCUGCAGGUAAAUGCAUGGACCUCAUAUAACUCUAAUUAUUAUUCUUAUUAAUUAUUUGCAGGUCCCCAAAGCAAUCAUUCAGAGUUAUUCACUAAAAUUCCAGACAAUUUUCACUUUAUUGAAUAACCCUGUUAGUUUUAGUUUUAGCGCCCCAAAGAUAUGGAAUUUGUUGCCCGGGAGAUGUGAUAUGUCUCUAAGAUGCUGUGGAAGAUUCAGAGAGUGGUGAAACUUUGCAAAUCUGGUGUCCCCGGCUGAUCUAGCCAUGACCUCCUACAGCACUAAUAAGAUGUUUAUUCAUAUUAUAAAGUGUCACUAUGGGACAUGAGCCGGAUGUCCCAGUCUGCCUUUGUCUGUAUCAUUCACAAUAACUGACACCCAACCAAUGCUGUGGUUACUUCCUGUUUGCACCUAAUUGGUCCUUUGUGUUUGGUCAUGUUUAUGCUACGUGUAAAUAUCUUGAUUAUUGAGUUAGUGAUGUUUCCAGCAAAUGUAUAGAUACAUUUACCUGAAGCUCUUCCUCAAACAAUGUGUUGGCAAACAUGUUAUCCCACCAUUCUAUCUAAAUCAGAAUUAGUGUGCUGUGUUACCUUCCAGUAAGGUAUCUACCUCUAGGUUGGGGUGAUAUCUACCUACCUACUCAGAGAGUUUUAAUGACAGGUGUUUGCCAUUUAUUGAUGACACCAGCAAUAUUGUAUUGUAUCGUUUUGUGUCUUCUAAUUAUUUGUCUCUUAUUUAAAGGACCACUAUAGGCACCCAGACCACUUCAGCUCAAUUAAGUGGUCUGGGUGCCAGGUCCCUCUAGUUUUUACCCUGCAGCUUAAAACAUAGCAGUUUCAGAGAAACUAUUUUAAUGCUUCAAAAAUACAUUAAAAUAGUGUUGUGUCUGAGCAAUACUGUGCCAUUCAGCUUUUACAUUAUGCAGCACUAGACUGGACUUUCAUCUUCAUGUUUUCCAUCUGCGGUUGUGACAUGGACAUAUUGCAAGCCAAGCGACAAUGUACAUAUUUAAUGACUGUGAUGCAGUCCUAGAUAUAUUUAUGUAAAACCAGACAGUUAUCUCGUCAGUGCGUGUUUAAAGAUCACCGGAGAUCAUGUUUGCAUUGAACUCCCGCUUUGAAUGCACGUCCAGAUACUAAAUUCUACUUUAAACUUUAUUUUAUUUUUUGUCACAGUUUUGUCAGCACAUUGGGACCUGUGUGUAAAAGGUGUGUUCGCCUUUAACGUUGCUUUUUCUGGUGCUUUUCCUCUUCUUGUGUAUUUAUGCCCUUAUUUGUGACAACUUAAUCCUCACUUUGAUACUUUGUAUCAAUCUUUUUUUCGUUCCAUUUUUUUUUAUUCACAGAUUUGAUAUUUCCAAUGUAAACAAAAAGGCCCAAAUGUGAGGCUUCUCUUCACAUUGAAUUUUAGCGCCACUGUCAGUGUGGUGGGUUUUCUGAGACAAGUUGCGAAGGUGCCUUUUUUAUUUUAAUAACAUUACUCAUUUAUUAUCCUAUUUUUCAAAUGUAAUUAAUAAUAAAAUCAUCAGUAAAAAAAAAAGCGGCAAAAAGUCUGAAAGAAAUAAAAAGUGUCUGAAAGACUGAUUUUUGUGAUGCACUACAGAAAAGGACAAAAGAUAACGCACCAAUGUGUAAAGGUUGGGUAACAGUUUUAUACAGAAUAUGGUACAAAGACACAAUGCUGAUGCAUACAGAAACGUGUACCUGACUGUUUGUGCACAUAACCACCUAUGUAUUUCCCGGGGUAAUGUCACUUUAAAUGGUAAUUGCUCCAUUUUCCCCUUGAGAAAUAUAUCAGAAAAAUGCAGAAAAAAACGUGCUAACAUGUCUAUUCACCAAAGUGUAAAUUGUUGAGAAUCCAAAGCAAAUAAAAUCUUUGAGAUUUAUUUUUUUCAAUGUAAACUGCGGACAAUUCACACUUUAUUGAAUAACUUUGUUGGUAAUCAAAAAAUAUAUGUCGCAUCUGGGGUCUAUAUACAGCAUGGGGACAUUUUCCUAUAAUUAUUAUUAUUAUUAUUGGCAUUUAUAUAGCGCCAAUAAAUUCCGUAGCGCUUUACAAUAUUACAAGAGGGGGAGAUUUAAGAAUAAAUGAGACAAUUUCAAGAACUUCAACUUACAGGAAUAAUAGGUUGAAGAGGACCCUGCUUAUACAAACUUAAGAUUCCCUAAGAUGUUAAAACCACUCUAGAUAUAUACAAGGUAAAGUAUACAUUAUUUUUGUCUAUGCUGAUUAUAUUUAAGGAGUCAUUCAAAGCACCAUAAGCACUGCAGUUUAGUGGUGGUAGUAUAUACAGUAUCCCAUUAGCCAUGACAGACUCAGAGAUAUAUUCUGUCUAAUUUAUAUGUUGAUUUUGAACACCCAGAUUUCUGUCAAUUCUUUAUUGAUUUACAGAAAUACUCUUUCCUUGUGCACACAUCCAUGCUAUAAAAGUGUCAGAUAACAUAACUUAAGCAAUACCACUGUAUGAUUAUUAAAUAACCUAGCUGACAUGUGAUCUGUAAACUAUCGAUUCUUGCUAGAUAAAGCCUAUACAGCUUUAACAACCUGGGAGACUCAGGGAGAGGCAGAACAUUUCCUGGACGGAUAGGGAGGCCUCCACAAAAAUGAGAUUCUCUAUACCUUUCCUAAACACUGUCCAUCAAUGAUUACAUUUCUGUAUUCAACAUUCACCAUUGGUCGACAGACACAUUCAAAUGGGAUAGUAAGCAGACUAUUCACAGUGUAUCUGUAUAAAAACAUUGUAGAAAUUCAUGACAAGCAGACAGAUAAGUAGGGUAGACAAAGAGAGCUCCCAAUUUGUUCAAUACAUUGGCUUCAUAUUAUACAUAGAUCCCCAGAGGCCUCUUGUAUGGUCAUGCAUUCAAUAUCUUUGUGAGAACACAGCUCCCUUUUUCCACUGGUUUACCUCAAAAUAGUGUGCAUUUCCCUCAACCCUCAGAGCCUCUGACUUUGAAAAAGAGGAAAAAGAAAAGUUGAGUAUGUUUAAAUCCAAUAACAGCAUUAAAUGUGUUCCGACUCCCAUUGCCUUAAUAUUUAUGUCGAUCUCUAUAAAUAUGGUAAACAAAAGAAACAGGACCUUCAAUGAUGAAAAAAUAGACAGAGUUUUGAAUCGAGCAAUGCCAUGUUAUUUCUAAAAUAAGUGCAUUAUUUUGUUUUAUAUUUCCUUCUACUGUAAAAAAAAGAAAAAAAAGUACAAAAAAAAAAGUUUCAUGUCCUUUAAUUCUAUUAUUUCAAAUCACAAGCAAAAUGUUUAUGAAAUAAAAUGCAAUAUUUCAAUGGAAUUACAGGAUUUUACAUUGAAAAAAUAUAUUAAUGUAAAAGGUGAUUAGAAAUAAUUUCUCUGAUUCGUUGUGUUCUUUGUAUAUUUGAUUAACUAGUGAGCGUGUUGGGCCAUGGUGGGAUUUCCAAUCAUUUUUCAAAAAAUGGACAAGACAAAUAUUGAGAGAUGUUUCCUUUUAUAUGGAGAGCGGGCAGAUAAUGGCCAUUUUAGGAAACUCUGGUACGUACAUAACAUCCCUACUUUCUAUGGUAUCUCUCGUAUUGUUAUGUCUUAUAAGGUUUCUACUGCAUCAGUCUGGGUAACAAUCAAUUUCUUCUGUUGGUGACCCAAUAGUGAGUUUGUUUUCAGUAAGUUUUUUAGGUUUUGUUUUCAAAUUAUUCUUUUUUGUACCUCUGUUUUCCUCUUGGUUUUUAGUUAUACCUAACCAAAUGUAGGGCCUACUUCUUCAUAUUGGGAGUGUGAUCUUUGGCAAUAAGUGGAGCUUAAGCAAAUUCCAUUUUAGUUAGUAAGCGAAUCACCUGAAAUCAGAAGAAUGCCGCUGAAUUGCAAACUGCAGACAUCAUGGACAUGGAACAAAAUGGCUGUACCCACAUAUUGAUAUCUGGCGCAAGGAAAAAAAAACAUAAUAAGUAUAAAUGAAGGCAGAGCACAAGAGAGAAGGAUACUCAUUAACAUAACAGUGCCACUUUAAUCAAAUAUAGUGGAUUUAUACUUCAUCACCUUCAUCCUUCUUCUACUUCAUCGUAUGAUUGUACCAUACCUAAUGCCUCUCAUGCACCGACAGUGUUUCUUCACCUCCAAUCUCAGCGAACAAGGAUGAAAUAAAGGAAUAUCUUGUAUCUGUGCAACAAUAUGCUCUAAAUUACAGCAAUAUUGGAAAUGGCUGCCUUCAUCUAAACUUGCCACAGCAGCCUUCCAUAGGGUCCAGUCUUCAGGGCUUCAAACCUAUUGGCAGUGUAUAACAGCCUCCCGCCAGCCAUUAUCACACCCCUCCAAUAUGUUAUUUCACCUCUAGGCAUGGAUGGAAGUUGGUUUUUUUUUCAGCUCUGACCUCUUCCUGUUCUUUGUCUCCCUUGACUCUACAUACUUUGUUUCUCUAUUUUCAUUACUUUGUUUUUUCUUCACAUUUGAGUUGUGUGUUUGAUGCACCAUACUCAAUCUCACUGUAUUUGAUAAAAAAAAAAAAAAGAUUUAAAAAAAGGUUUAUUUGCAAAACUAACAUACUGAGGGUUCUGUAUAAAGUUUAAUCAGAAAGCUAUGUGCAGAAUACUCAGUAGGAACAUUCCAUAUGUUUCCAUGGUGAUUAAUGCACAUUUAAGAAUUAAUCUUUACGUAUUUUAUGUUUGCCAAUGUGACAUGAUAUGACCAUUUCCUGGUUUUAUGUAGGUUCUGGGAAAACGACACUCUUGGAUGCAAUGUCAGGAAGAAUAGGACAUAAAGGGACUUUACUUGGAGAGGUCUAUGUGAACGGGUCUCAGCUGAAGAAAGAACAGUUUCAAGACUGCUUCUCAUAUGUCCUACAGGUAGCAUUGAGCAAUGCGUAGAUAUAAACUUACAAGACUUCCAUGAGAGUUACCCAAUGUAUCCAAAUGAGUACCAAGCCCUGUUCUGUAGUAAUGUGUAGUGUCCACACAAGGCAAAGUGUCCCUUAGUGUGCCAAACUUCUCAGCACAUUAAUAUAGUGAUCAAGAAAUGUUCAAACUAAAAUAAAUAAAUAAAUAUCCAGUGGGUGCACACCUUAGUAUGGGAAUCCUAAUAUAGAUAACUCUCCGUGAAAACCAAAGACGUAGAGAACUAUGCAGAAUUUCUUAAAAUAUGCUCAGGACAAAAUCAGACCAACUAGGAAGAUGGAUUUAACCAAGUUCCUCAUUCUAUGAGACUGUGUAGGUCUCUGAAUUUCAGUUCCUGAGUUGAGUUUUUGUCUACGAUUCUUACAUCCUCAUGCAGGUUGAUUAACUCCCAUAAUUUCAUAUCUGGUGUUUCUCAAUACUUUCCUAUGGACGGCAGCGUCUUCUCACUAUGAAAAUCUGUCAGUGAGGCUGGAUUAACCCUAACGUAAACAUAGCAUUUUCUCUGAAACUGCUAUGUUUACAUGGACCUGGCACCCAGACCACUUUAUUGAGCCGAAGUGUUCUGGGUGCCUAUAGUGGUCCUUUAAUGGAUAAAGCUACAAAAGUGGUUGGGGAGGGCUUUUGUAAACAACUAUAGCGGGCAUAUAGAGUUAUGAUAGCUAUAGUAGCUGCAGUGGUAAUUAAGUUUUUUACUGACUAAAAGUGUAAAACAGACACACCAGACCCAUAAAGUACAUUAGCUUGUCGAAAGGCUUUAUGUGUGAAGAGUGUCCUGUUUUUUGUUAUUGUUUUCAUUUUAGAAAAAGUGCAGAUUUCAAUAGAAAUUGGUUAUACUCCCUGGAUUUUCAGGCAAGUUACUUCCUGGCUAGGUUAGCUUGGAUGCACUGGACUCAUGCCUUGCAAAGACUUCUCCUUGAACUGCAUUGGGAAGUCUGUGAUUGGACAGCCACAGAAAGUCUGGGCAGGGUUAGAAGAGGAUGGCUAGCAGAGGUUACAGCCCUGAGAGCUACAUAUUUUACAAGCAGUUUUUAGAUAUAACUCAAAUUUAAAAAUGCAUAACUAAAUGCACUCGAGUUUUCAUUUGGGGUAUAUCUACUACACGGUGAUUUUAAUUUAUUUUGUGUUUGGGCAGUGGAAUGUCACUUUAAAGCCCCAGGUGUGUGCAUAAAGUUAAAAACAAACCAUACUGGAUGCAUUUUGCACCUAUAGGCACUUUAACAUAUACCAAUAUACAAAUAUACCUGUUAAGUUAGUAUAUGUCAUUUAUGCUUUUUAGUACUUUAUGGGUUGGAGAACCAUACAUAAGGACAUUGUAUACAAACAAUGUAUUAUUUUUCUAUUUAUUUGCAUUAUAUUAAACAUAAUUUUGUCAUUCCUUGGUUAUAUGUAUUUUCGUGAGGUCUUAAUAUUUUAAAUUACUUAGGCUCUUGAUGGAUAAAUAUAUGUAACACUGUUCAUGGAGCUUUAUAGGUUCUACACAAGGCAAAUUAUUUUGAUGUCCCAUUCAUAGUGAUAGAAAUAUAUUUAUUAGCUAAAACCUUUUAUUAUUUUCCCAGCAUGAUACGUUACUUGCCUACCUCACUGUGCGGGAGACACUGACCUAUACUGCUCAGCUGGCCCUACAGAAGCACUCCAAGGAAAGCCUGAAGAAAAAGGUACUCAGAAUGUUAUAGUUCAGUUUACAUUUGUAAAUAUAACGGGUUCUAUGAGAACACACUCCAUGCAUAAAUUGGCCAACAGAACCUCAUAGAAACCAUUAAUUACAUAGAUACAUAGUUACAUAGCUGAAAAGAGACUUGCGUCCAUCAUGUGCCGCCUUCCUCACAUAUGUUUUUGCUGUUGAUCCAAAAGAAGGCAAAAACCCAGUCUGAAGCGCUUCCAAUUUUGCAACAAACUAGGAAAAAAAAUCCUUUUUGACCCCAAAAUAGCAGUCAGAUGUUUCCUUGGAUCAAGCAGCUACUACCCCACUAAUUAGAAAUUAUAUCCCUGUAUGUUAUGUUUUUGUAAGUAUUUAUCCAAUUGCAGUUUAAACCUCUGUAUGGACUCUGACAAAACCACCUAUACAGGCAGAGAAUUCCAUAUCCUUAUUGCCCUUACUGUAAAAAUACCUUUUCAUUGCCUUAGAUGAAAUCUCCUUUCUUCCAGCCUAAAUGUGUAACCUCGUGUCCUAUGUAUAGCCAUGUUUAUGAAUAGAUUUCCAGAUAAAGGUUUGUACUGGCCCUGAGUAUAUUUGUAUAAUGUUAUCAUAUCCCCUCUCAGGCGCUGUUUUUCCAAACUAAACAGAUUUAAAUUUUGUAACCUUUCUUCGUAACUAAAAUGCUCCAUUCCUUUUAUCAAUUUUGUAGCUCGUCUCUGCACUUCUUCUAGUGCCAUGAUAUCUUUCUUUAGAACAGGUGCCCAAAAUUACACAGCAUAUUCAAGGAGUGGUCUUAGCGAUUUAUAAAGAGGCAAAAUUAUAUUUUCAUCCCGAGAAUUUAUGCACCUAUUUAUACAUGACAAAACCUUACUGGCCUUAGCAACUGCAGAUUGACAUUGCAUAUUGCUGUUUCAUUUGUUUUCUAUAACAAUUCCCAAAUCCUUCUCGUAUGUGGUUAUCCCUAAUUCACUACCAUUUAGGGUGUAAAUUGCUUGUGCAUUCUUAACCCCGAAGUGCAUAACUUUGCAUUUCUCUAUGUUAAAUUUCAUCUGCCCUUUUAGUGCCCAGUCCCCCAAUCUAUCCAAAUUCCUCUGCAGCAAAGCAAUAUCCUGCUCACAUUUUAUUACUUUACAAAGUUUUGUGUCAUCUGCAAACACUGAUACAUGGCUUUCCAUGCCUAUUUCAAGAUCAUUUAUAAAUAUGUUAAAUAAAAGCUGUCCCAAAACAGAACCCUGAGGGACACCACUUACCACUUUUGUCCAGCCUGAAAAUGUACCAUUAAUGACAACUCGUUGUACUCUAUCCUUAAGCCAAUGUUCUACCCAACAACAAGAAUAUUCAUCAAGACCAAUUUCUUUAGUUUGAAGACUAACCUAUUGUGAGGAACCGUAUCAAAUGCCUUGACAAAAUCAAAGUAGAUCACAUCCACUGCAACACCCUGAUCUAUACUUCUACUUACUUCUUCGUAGAAUGCAAUUAGGUUAGUUUGACAUGACCUAUGUUUCAUAAAACCAUGCUGAUUAUUGCUAAUAACAAAGUUCUUCCCAAUGAAUUCCUGAAUAUUAUCCCUUAAUAGACCUUCAAAUAUUUUCCCCGUCACAGAAGUUAAGCUCAAAGGUCUAUAAUUUCCAGGCAAGGAUUUUGCCUUCAUCCAAUCCUCCGGUACAAUACCUGAAACAAAAGAAUCUUGAAAAAAUUAUAUACAGAGGUUCACUUAUUUUCCCACCUAGCUCCUUCAGUACUCGUGGGUGAAUGCCAUCAAGCCCCGGAGCUUUAUUUACAUUAAUUUUCUUUAAUAGCUGUAGCACCUUGUCUCAAGUUAUCCAAUCACAAGUUUUUUGCAGCAAUCAUUUGCAUAUCUCUUGACAUAGGAUCUUCAUUAAUAUAUACUGAAGAAAAAUUGUUAUUUAAAAUUUCUGCUUUUUCCUGGUCUUCAUUAGCUAACAAACCCAUCUCUGUUUCCAGUGUACAUACAUUUUCAUUUUUAGUUUUUUGAGAAUCGAUGUACUUGAAAACAUUUGGGGGGUUGGGUUUGCUUUCUUCAGCUAUUAAUUUCUCAUUUUCUAGUUUAGCAACUUUAAUUGCCUUUUUGCAAUACUUACCUUUUAUUCAGAUCUGUAUUAAAAUGUAUGCACAGGAACACCACAUCUGUAGAUUAAAACCUCUGGGUAGCUCCUCAAACACACAUCAUACUCAAGCGGAAGCUGACUAAUUAAGCAGACAUCUCAUACAUAUUAUAAUUUAGCUCAUAUUGUGAUAAAUACAAGAUUGAGAGUAAAGGGGCAAUCUAAGCACAAUGACCACUAAUGUUUCUUGUAGGCACCGGGUUUUCAUGUAACUAUCCCCCCACAAAAUGAAAAAAAAAAAGUUUUCUGAUGCUUGCCUUAGGAUGUGUAGAACAAAUGUGAAAAACAUCCAGUGACCAUGUAUCAAAAUGAAAGAGUAUAUGAAAAUGUCUCUAAACAGGAAAAAAUUGCACAUUUUUACCCCUGUUGGCAUCUUCCUACGGGAAAACCUUGCCCUGACAGUGAUAAAGGCUGUUUUUUUUAAAAGUGAUUUUGUCCAGUGGAAUGUUGCAUACUCAUACAAAUAUUUUUGAAAUUUAAAGAAAAAAAUGAAACUUCCUCAUAUGUAAGCCCCAAAGGAGUCCCUGCACCUUGCACUUCAACAAGUGGCGGUGGUUAUGGUGAUUUUAAUCAAUAUGUUUUAACUCAAACACAUAUAAGAAUAGAUUUUACAUUACAUUUCUGUCCGUUUUUUGUGUAUGUAGCCGCAUACCCCUGGAUUACAAGUGGAAAUGCAAUCUUUCAUGGAAUUGUUAAAGGACCACUAUAGUGCCAGGAAAACAUACUCGUUUUCCUGGCACUAUAGUGCCCUGAGGGUGCCCCCACCCUCAGGGUCCCCCUCCCGCUGGGCUCUAGGGCGUGGAAGGGAUUAAACUUACCUCUUUCUCCAGCGCCGGGCGGGGAGCUCUCCUCCUCCUCUCCUCCCGUCACCGGCUGAAUGCGCAUGCGCAGCAAUUAUCAAUGCUUUCCUAUGGACACUGGCGUCUUCUCACUGUGAAAAUCACAGUGAGAAGCGCGAAAGCCCUCUAGCGGCUGUCAAUGAGACAGCCACUAGAGGCUGGAUUAACCCAUAGGUAAACAUAGCAGUUUCUCUGAAACUGCUAUGUUUAGAGAAAAAAGGGUUAAUCCUAGCUGGACCUGGCACCCAGACCACUUCAUUAAGCUGAAGUGGUCUGGGUGCCUAUAGUGGUCCUUUAAUCUCAGAGUUUUGACAUGAAGUUACUGUUUUAGCAUAAAGUAUUAAUAACAUACUCCAAGGCCAUAACAUUUCCAUAGAGUCCUUAAACUACACUGCAAUUUAUUGACGGCUUGAUCAAUAUAUGCUACAAUGUAGUAAUAAACAUAGAGCUAAAUAUAUUAACAUUCAUUAAUUACAUUUAUAGUCAGUAAACAUUUAAACAGAAUCUAUUAACUUUUUUUUUUUUACUUAUCUUUAUAAUGUACAGACAUUGGUUACUGUAAUAACAAAGACCAAAGGUCACUCUGAACAGCAGCAUACGGCAUAUUAGCACAGAGAUCAUUUAUAUAGAUAAAUGAAAAUAGAUAUGUUUUAUAAUAUGGCGUGUCCUCUUUGUGUUUCAGGUAGACUCAGUCAUGGCGGAAUUAAGUCUAACUUCUGUUGCCAACACUGUAAUCGGCGGACGUAUUUUUAACGGAAUCUCAAGUGGCGAAAGGCGCCGUGUAUCAAUUGCAGCUCAGCUUAUCCAAGAUCCCAGUAAGUUAUCCUUCUUAGAAUACAAAAUACUGUAUAGUAAUUGUGGAAAAAAUAGUAUCUAUUUAACCCCUUAAAUAACCCAUUUAAUGUUAAAAAAGUAAUAUGUUUAUUUUAAAGUCAGACGGGUUUCUUUUUUUUUGUUUUGCUAAUAGACACCCCUUUCUGCUCUGCAAACUGAUUUGCCCACAGUGAGAUCAUAGGUUGAGUUCCAUUAAUUCACAAAUGGUUGUUUCCUUUCUUCCUUGUCUAGAAGGCUGAACGGCUGGUAAUACCUUCUUACAAUGGCCUUUGCUAUUUAAAGGGACACUAUAGGCACUAAAACAACUUUAGCUUAAUGAAGCAGUUGUGGUGUAUAGAUCAUUUCCAUGCAGUCUCACUGCUCAGUUCUCUUCCAUCUAGGACAGGGGUGUCAAACAUGCGGCCCCCCAGAUGUUGCUGAACUACAACUCCCAUGAUUCUUUCAAUGAAACAGAUAGCCAGGGAAUCAUGGGAGUUGUAGUUCAGCAACAUCUGGGGGGCCGCAUGUUUGACACCCCUGAUCUAGGAGUUAAACCACUUUUUCUUAUGUAGCCCUAAUCCCACCUCCCUGCAUGUGACUUGUACAGCCUUCCUAGAAACUUCAUGGAAAGUGAGAUGUAAUGUUUAAACUUCCUUUAUUGCACAAUCUGUUUAAUUUAGAAUCUCUUAUCCCCUGCUCUAUUAAUAGCAUUCAAGACCCUGCAGGAGACUCUCGUGUGUGAUUAUAGUUCAAUUUAAAGAGCAGGAGAUAAACACUUCUAAAGCAAAUUAGCAUCUGAUUGAAAAUUAAACCUUUUUUUCAUGCAGGCUGUGUCAAUCACAGCCAUGGGAGGUAUGGCUUGGGCUAUAUAAACAGAAACAAAAGUGGUUUAAAGCCUAAAUGGCAGAGAAUUGAGCAGUGACAAUGCAGGGACAUGUACCCUAAAACUGCUUCAUUAAGCUAAGCUGCUAAGUUGUUUUGAUGCCUAUAGUUUUCCUUAAACAUUUUCUCCCAGGUAUCUAAGUUUUCUAAAUGUGUGUCUCUCUUACUUUUAUUGAAAAGUAGUUUCUAUAAUCAAACUCAGCCCCAAUUCAGCUACUCAAAGAUUCCUCGGAGCUAAAUGUCCAUUGACUUCAAUGCUGCUUGAGUAUGUAGGUGAGGUCGGCACUGAGUUUACAUGACAAAUACAGUAUACAGAUACAGUAUACAUAUUAAUUAUUCUUAGAUUUUAAGAGGUAAGAAUUAAAGGAGCACUCCACUACCAUAACCACAAGAGUGGGCUGUAGUAGUUGUGCUGUCAGGUGUAUGCAGAUUCCCUCGCAAGGUAAGUAGUCAAAAUGUUUGCAAUAUGGUUUGACCACUUACCUGGGAUUCAUCCAGCGCUAGUCACACCCGCUGCACCCUGUAGUGGUUUUGGUGCCUGAAGUGUUCCUUUAAUAUAAAUGCUGUGCUAGCAAAUAACCCCAGGGUGUGAUAAUGCUUUGUACAGUGUUACUCAGUCUUGUAUAUUGAAUGAUGCAUGUUUAUUAGAGAAGCUGUAUAAUUCUGCCGGGUUAGAGGAUUUCAUAACCAAUCUUGCCAUCAUUUGUCUAGUAUCAUAUUAAAUUGUGAUAUUCUGCAUCUUUAAUUACACAAUAAAUUAAAACAAUAAAAUUAUGGAGUAAAGAUCAUUAGUGAAUACAUAUAUCCAAUUGGUAUAAUAACACAAAGUUUUUUUUUCCUAAAACAGUUUUUUUCUAAAUUUUCCACUUAGCAAGAACCAAUAAAGAUAAUAAUGGAAUGUUCUAUCAAUAUUCGUAGGUUUUCUACAUAACACAAAUAUGGAAUGAUACGUUCUUUCUUAUCAGGCUCAUGCCUUUAAUUUAGCAUUUUCUAAGUAUGUUCUUAAACCAUUUUUGCAGAGAUUAUACUGCUUGAUGAACCAACCACCGGUCUAGAUUCAAUGACGGCAAGUCACAUUGUUCUAUUGCUCUCCGAAUUGGCUCGCAAAGGAAGAAUAGUGAUCAUAUCAAUUCACCAGCCACGCUCCGAGUUAUUCAGAGUAAGUCACAUUCUAGAGAAUACUUGUCAUUCAUGCCAUCUCGCUCAGGUACCAAUAUGUUAUCUCUUAUUUUUCUUCCGCAUAUGGCUCUUAGUCCAAAAGUCCAAUGAGAUUGCUCUGGAACGUCAUUCGAACCCAAGGGACCCUUGGUUUGUGUUACAACUCAUAAAAAUGGUUUAACACAGUGCCAUGAAUGACACCUGUAGUCUGCAAGACAACAUCUGGCUAUAGUGGUUAUGGUGCUAAGUGUUUCUUUGCAAUAACAGGUCACUUACACAAUAGCAACAAAACCGUCAGUGGGAUCAAAAGCAAAAAAGUGAUAGGAAGGAGGAAAUUUGUUUAGGACAGAAAUGAUGAUAUGAAAAUGUAUGUGCUUGUCCAAAAAGUGAAUGGUUAUAACUGUACAUGAUGUGAAUAUGUUCCCUGACAAAUCAAAAAGCAAAUUAUACUUUGUUUCAAAAUAAUACCAAGUAUGUUGUAUUGCAUGAUGGGUGGUGGUGAAGGGACAGCAGCUCCGAGUAAAUGAUAGAACUUUUUGAGUUGAAAGCGAGUUGUGAUUAGAACUCAAAUAAGCUACUGAUGACUUAGGCCUAGGAUGGAGUUCAGGUUACUAAAUUCAUCAUGUUUUUCUGGACUCGUAUGGCCUAUUUAUUCUAAUUGGCAAAACAUGCAAAGUUAUGGACAAAUAAAAAAAUGAAGGGGCCCCUUAACCUCUUGCCAAAUCAUAGGUCCUCCUCCAUUUCCUAUCUAUUCCUUGGUAGUCCAUGGUUUGCAGACCUGCUAAGAUCGUAGUAUUUUGCAAAAGUGAUACAAAAACAAAACACUCACAUUCAGGCUGCUGAAUGUCCAUUUGCCCUUUCCUAAUGGUGGCCUUACAUUAUAUACUGCACAGUGAAAUCAACUACCUAAACAAGGAAGUUCUGAUGAUAUUCCUGCAAGAAUUGAUUUAUUUCCUGAAACAUAUGAAUGUUACAUACGCCAGGGUAGAAAUGAUGUGCCCAUCACCAUGUAGACACAAAAUAUGUCCAGGAAACACAGUAGAUAUAGCAAGCUCCACUGCAGCUGCUGUACAGUGCUAAACUAGAUAUCUGUUUAUUUUGCUAAAUAUAUUUUCAUUAUAUUUAAAAUAAAAUAUCUUAUAUCUACUGUGAUAAUUAGGUUUUCAAUAAAAUCGCAAUAAUGAGUUGUGGAGAGCUUAUAUUCUGCGGACAGCCAGAUGAGAUGAUUUCAUUUUUCAAUGAUUGCGGUUAUGAAUGCCCUGAACACUCAAACCCAUUCGAUUUCUACGGUAAGAACUUCCCUGAACUUCCUAUUCUAAGGCUAAGAUGAAGAUCUUGUUUCAAAGUAAUUCAGUGCAUGGCUACCUGGAAGCUUAGCCCUGAUAGUAUUUAUGUUAUCAGCAUUGACAUUGUACUUUGCAUGUGUUAAUUAGGUCACAAGAAUAUCACGUUGAAGAAUUACAAUGAUAAGUGACAUAUCAGGAGUGCAAUUCAUUAAUGAAAAAAAUAGAUAUGUUUUACAAGGUUAACCCUUUAGAUGCAAGAUGAGCCAUGGCGGACUAGUUUAAAAGACCUUAUCAGUCAAACAUGUAGUUCCAGUUAGCUACAGAGAUAUUUAAUAUUCCACCCCAUGACAUUCACCCUGUGACAGCGGCCAUUUCUCUGUUCCUCCAUUAUAGUUAUAUCUGUAUCAUUUCUUUGUUCAGUUGGAAAAAACAGUCUCUAAUUCACGUGAGCAGUGGAUUUUUUGGGGCAAGUCGGCUGUCAGUGUUUAAUGUAUAGAAAUGAGGGCUCUGCACUAAUCAAUGCAAUGCUGCUUAUCGAUUGUCCUUAGCUUAGUUGACUUUACUACCUCUUUCUGAUUCGUUAAGAUCGAGACAUGUAGACAUUUAUUGGUCGCAGUUGUUUUGCAGUGGAUCUCACAUCUGUGGACACACGAACUAAGGAACGUGAGCUGGAGACUUAUAGCCGAUCCCAGUCCAUUAUGGAUGCCUACAAAAACUCAGACAAUUUUCAAAAUACACUGGACUUUAUAAGAACAUCGAGAACCAGUAAAGAGCGGCAAGUCAUCCCGUUUAAACGGAAAGAGUCACCUAACGAAUUCUCCAAGCUCUGGGUGCUCUUAAGGUGGGAAAAUGUUAGAAUAAAAAAAUGUGUUACAGUAAAUAUAUAUGCAGUUUAGCUUCCAUUUUAUUUGUAGACUACGAUGGCAACAGAGUGCACACACAUCUAUGGCCCUCCCACAACAAGGUCACACACUAGAAAUUGUGGAAUUAAAACAUGGGUCCUGCAUGCAUAGUCUGCAGCACAGAGGAAUAAGCAUAUUUCACAUAUCAACUGUAAUUUAGACAUUUGCUUGUGAUUUAUCUUACAAAACCAAUUACAAAAUAUAUGCAAAAACAACUCAAUCGAUACAGGGAACCUCAAAAGUUUAUUUUUUCUGACGACCGCGUGCUGAAACACCGAAACGCGUGUCGAGCUUACUUUAUCCAUUUAUUUAAUUCACUUUUGGUUGCACUUAUGGAUUGGUUUAAUUGAUCUUUUUAGCUACUAGGACAGGUAGGGAAUAAGGUUCGGGUAGGCACUAGUGGCUUUCCACAGUGCCGAGGUAAUCAGAGACAGUUGACUAUUUACAGCAUAUAUCUUUUGGGUGUUUAUUUAUCCCUAUAGAGGCAUUUUCAACCUCUUCCAGCCUACUUUGGUGUUACCUUACCUCCAUCUACCUGGGUGUUCCACCUAUGAGGCUUAGAGUGUAUGUAGCCUAGACCUGCAGUUAGAGUACUUGUCAGGCAGUUCUUUUUCAAGCUGGCAAUUGAUCUCUGCGUCUGCCUUUGGAUGGUCUAUCACUACACAUUCCUCUUUCCACCCCCUUUCUUUUUCCCUUAUUAUUAUUUUUCCUGUCCAAUUUUAAUUUUGCUUUCCCUUAGGAUUAUUAAAGGUAGGGACCCCUUCCCUCCAUUACUCUCCUGAUCAGGACUUUUCUAGUCACAUUUCUUGCACUGUUAUUUUCGUGGGUUAUUCCCCAUUUAGGGAGAGUCAUUUUAGGGCUCUCUGGGCACUGGUUCACUGGUCAACGUUGUGACCUCUGAAUCAGAGCCUUUAUUGUUCUACAAAAACAACUCAAACCUAAUCUGUGCUAAAACAAAACACAGAACCCCUUGUAUUUACUGGCAUCACUAGCUAAUCCAUUGUCUGUGGCUACAUUGCAGUCUCUCCAUAUGUUUAAAAUCAAUUAAAUUCGAACUUCAUAGAAUUAUGGAUGAUAUUGCAUUAUUUUUAUAAAAACACUCCAAGCACCAAGGUUUUAGCAGACUGUCUAUUACUUUUAUGACAGGAGUCUAUUCUUUUGGUAUUCAUGGACUACUGCAACAGGGAGCCAUGACUGGCAACUAGGAAUACCACUUAUUAUAAAUGCCCAGACACAUGCAGGUUAUUUAAAUACCUCCAUUCUUCCAUUUGAAGAAAAAGCGCUGUACUUUAAUAAUUUCAGACAGGGCAGGCAUGUGAUAAUGUACUGUGAAAGAGUAAAACCCAUGCAAAGUACAAGUGUAAAUUAAUGUAAAUAGAGAUGUAUAUAAAUGUCUGUGUGAGUGCAAGAACAUAGCAUUUUAAUGCACUGGUUCUAAACUUGUGAUGCACCACAUUGUACUUAGGGGUGUGAUGGUAUGGGGUAAUAUACCAAUGUUUGUACGAGUUGACGAAAUCCUGAUAGGGCUUGACUUUGAUAAGCGAAGCAUAGUGGUCUCUAUAUUACCUUUUACUCCCACAUUGCAGUCAUGAGAACAGUGUUGAACCAAAUUGGUGAUGGGUGUAAUAAAACAUCAUAUCCCGUGAGUCUGACUCAUCCAGGUGUGACUUCAAGCAAACACUGAUAACAGCCAAGGCACGCAGAGACAGCUUAUACUCAUAAUCCACACUAGGGGUUGUUUAACCCAAAAGGGUGACAAUCAGAAUGGUGAUUGGAAAUAGAAUUGCAUUUAAUGAAGAGAGAAAUAAUGUGGAAAGCAGUAAUAGUAACGUUGAAAAUCUAUGGAAGAGGGACAGAAAUAUGAAUAGGGAAAAUAAAUGAGAAAUUGAUUGAAAGGCCUAGUCAUAUAGCUGUAGGCUCUCUAAAGCUGCUUGUGGCAAUUAAGUAGGACAGGCUGUGGACAGGACCAGAGGAUGUUGAUGGAUGAUAAUGAUGGCAUGGAUUUCUAUUAUUCCUUGAAGAGUAAAAAUAGAAAUGAAUGAAUUUGUUUAAUCUAUUUUGUUGCAAUGAAAUAUAUGUUUUUGUUUUUUCAUUUUUGUUAAAAUAAAAUAUUUUUAUUUUCAGGAGAACGUUCAGAAAUUUAUCCCGAAACAAGAUUGGUAUAAUCAUGCGCCUUUCCCAAAACCUUAUAUUCUCCCUAUUUAUUGCAUUUUUCCUUAUCCACCUGAAUAAUGAUGUACUUAAAGGUGCAGUACAAGAUCGACUCGGUUUCAUAUACCAGUGUCUUGGAGCUCCUGCCUACACAGGAUUGCUUAACGCAGUUGCAUUGUGUAAGUCCUUUUUAACUUUAUUUCUUCAAUUCGCUAGUAAUUUCUCUUUAAAACACAUUUGUCACUGGCUCCCAAUAAGUUACUAGUUCAUUCUUGUCCUACUAAGAAGGUUGGAGCCUUACUAUUUUUAAUUUUUUAAACUUUUUUUAUUAUUCUUACUGAACAAUUUAAUUGCCGCACCUAUAUUUUUAUAUGCAAGUAACAAAACUGAAAUUUGUUCAGGUGCUCUAAAAGCUAUAUUUAUACUGACCAGAUACGGACUGAGUGCUUACUUACUCCAUGCCGAAAGAGCUCUCCAUGGAAGGUCCGUCCCACUCCACCGAGGACAAAAUGAUCCACGAUGGUAAAAGUGUGGAAGCAUUAAACAGCAACUGUCAUGAAUUCCUUUGGUUAUAAGCUCACGGGUUAUCUAACUAAGCACUUUCUAUAAAUCAGAUUCAGGUCUCAGAUCACAGCUCACAGGCAGGGACCUCUCUACCGUUUGUAUUGGUCUGAGAAUAUUGUACAUUCUCCCCUAAUUGUAAUAUGUUGGCAAUUUAAAAAUUCCAGUAAUAAAUAAGGUUGCUGUAUUGUGCUUCCACAUUUUUUCCUUAUAUUUUUAGAUCCCCCAGGUCCAGAAUUUACUUUUCAUGUCUGUAUUAAAAAACUCUAAAUAAAAAUUCUUACUGGACACCAAUGGUCAUAAUACUGACCUGCAAUGAUGAUCCCUCGUUAAAGGAGACACCUCAGGACAGGGAUUGACAAAGACAGUUGACCUGCAACAUUUAUUGAUGCUUUCCAAGCCUCAAAGGAACACUAGAGUCAUACAGACCACUUCAUUUCAUUGAUGUGGCCUGGGUGCAGUGUCCCCCUCCCCUUAAACCAGCAAUGUAUAACAUUGAUGUAAUAUUGCAUUGUAAGGUUAACUCUUCCUCUAGCGACUGUCAUACUGACAGCUACUUAAAGGGCUUCCAAGCACAGACGGAGUAAAACAUGGUCACGUGAUUCGAAAGCAUUUUUUUCAAUGCUGUUCCAUAACAACGUUUUAAUAAGAUUGCUGCACUUGAUGUGCAUGUUCAUUAGGUUCCCAAUGCACCUCUAUGAGGAGCAUAGGAUUUGACCCAUCAGAGUUGGCCUUGCCUCCUUCAUGACGGUGGCUGGGGAGGAUUGGUAAGCAGCAGUGAGUUAGCCUCGUUGCUGGAAACAAGGUAAAUAAAGAAGGGUUUAACCCUUUCACUGCCUAAUAGGGGAGAAAGGGGGUGCAGAUUUGUAUUCCUAAUGCUAUAGUGUUCCUUAAAGCCUGGCAAAGCCUCAGUGGAGGUAUAAUUAGUCAACUCACAUGAUCUAUAUUUGACUGUCCCUGUUCUAGGGCAGGUAGCUUGCCAGGAAUAAAACUUCCCAUGAGGCAAGAGUCAGAACUAAAGCUCUCGUGAAGUUUUGUCAGCAGAUAACAGUAAUGACUUCUUGAGAGCUGAGGUUCCCCUAAAGCAAGAGAGUUAUCUAACUAGUAUAGGAGAUAUACUGGCGUACAAUAUACUCCUGCUUCUAACUGGUGCAUGCUUAAUAGUUAAUAUUAUAUUCUUAAAUAUUCUGUUUUUCCAAAAAACAUCAAGGCCUUUCUUUAAUUAUUUACAGAAAGGGGAGGAAUCACCAAUGGAAUGCCUCUGCCGUUCCACUGGUUUCCAUUGUGAUUACCCCACUUUUAGUACUUUGGACCACGUUUUAGAACAUAACAUUUCUGUUGAUAAAUCUACCCCAAAAUCUAAUUUCUUUAAGUCUCUUCUUUAAGGUUAAGAUCUUGACCUGUUAAUGAACUGCUGUCACUUCUGUGAUAAUCUUCCAGUCAUACCAUUUUUUAAAAACUCGCUGAUGGUACUAAGAUGAACAGCAUGACAUGCUUAGAAAUUUCAAGGAAAAGUUUCAAGUCACAUUACAGUAAUAUAAUCUUAGUGACGUCACUCUUCCUUGUCUUCUGUCCUCCAGUCCCAGCUCUUCGUGCCAUUGGUGACCAAGAAGGCAAAGACGGCUUGUAUGAAAAAUGGCAAAUGCUCCUAGCCUACGUCAUGCAUAUCCUACCAUUCAGCAUCCUUAGUGUAGCAAUAUUUAGUGUUUUCAUUUACUGGUAAGUUAAAUCGUUAACUGUGAUUUAGCAAUUUACUAAAAGGGAUACGAUAGGCAUCAAAACAACUUUAGCUUAAUGAAGCAUAUUUGGUGUAUAGAUUAUGCCCGUGGAGUUUCACUGCUGAGUUCUCUGCUAUGUAAGAGUUAAAUCACAUUUGUUUCUGAUUAUGCAGCCACAGACACCUCCUUUUGUUGUGACUGAUACAGCCUGCAUGAGAACAAAAUGGUUUCAUUUUCAAACAGAUCUAUCACCUGCUUUGUAAAUUGAACUAUAAUCACACACUCUAAAAUUAAACAGACUGUGCAAUAAAGGAAGUGUAACAUUAGAUCUAUCUUUACAGGAUGUGCUUAGGAAGGCUGUGUAAGUCACAUGCAGGGAGGUGUGGCCAGGGCUGCAUAAAUACUGUGAUUUAACUCCUAAAUGGCAGAGGAUUGAGCAGUGACACUGCAGGGGCAUGAUCUAUACACCAAAACUGCUUAAUUGAGCUAAAGUUGUUUUGGUGACUAUAGUGCCCCUUUAAUAUAUAUUUUGCUUUUUUCACUUCUUUCUUCAUUCCAGGAUCAUAGGAUUGCAUGAUGAAGCAGCACGGUUUGGAUGUUUCUUUUUUGUGAAUCUGGUUCCCCACCUGAUGGGAGAACUGCUUACUCUCGCAUUUCUAGGUGUAAUAAAUAAUCCAAACAUAGUGAACGCAGCAGUGACCUUGGUCAACAUUGCAGGGAUCCUUGUGGGAUCUGGAAUUUUAAGGUAAUUUAAUUUGUUUGCCCUAAAUGAAACCCAUUUUGUUAAAAGGAAGGAAAAUCCCUGAGUAAAAUUCAUAUUCUAUUUUUAAAAGGGAACCAUCUUUACAAUUAUAUUACGAUACUCCCUACAUUUAACAAAUAUGUGUUUGUGAAGACUGAAAAUAAAAAUUAAAAAGUAGAAAUCCCGCUAUACCGAGCACCGACGGCCCAGGUGAUAGUUAACGGGGCGCUGACUGAGACCUUUACCAUACACAACGGCACGCGACAGGGGUGCCCCCUCUCCCCGCUUCUGUUUGCUCUCGCCCUGGAACCAUUCCUCACACACAUUCGCCACAACCCAGACAUAACGGGCCGGACGUCAGGCCAAGUACACCACAAGGUAGCGGCGUACGCGGAUGACCUACUUUUUGUGGUGACCAACCCCGAGAUCACCCUUCCUAACAUCCAGAAAGACCUGCGGACAUUUGGCAAUAUAUCUAACCUUAAAAUUAAUUACGGCAAAUCCUACAUCCUUAAUGUUAGCGUCCCCGCCACACGCGCAGACCCUCUACGACAUAGUUUCCCCUUCCAAUGGGCUGAACAUAAAAUUAGGUACUUAGGUAUAUGGCUGACCAGGCAGACCAGAGACCUGUAUAGGGACAACUUCGCCACUAUACUGCACACGUUCCAACGAGACUUGAGGGAAUGGUCCUACCCGCACAUAUCGUGGCUCGGGAGAGUGCAGGUCAUAAAAAUGAACUUUCUUCCGCGCCUCUUAUACCUCUUCCAGGCCAUCCCCAUUGUGAUACCGGGCCCCUUCUUUAACACACUCAGAAAAGAAAUGAUAAAUGGGAAAUGGGAAAAUGGGAGACAGCCCUGGGUAACACGCUAACAGAAGCAGAAUGGGAAACCUUCUGCUACCUUACACACCACUGUUCCACUCACAGCAAAACACAGGAAACGGCCUACAAGCUUCUAACACAUUGGUAUCGGACACCACAUCUCCUUCACCACAUAAACCCAGACCACGCCAGACUCUGCUGGAGAUGUGAACGAGAGGUAGGCACCACGAAACACAUCUGGUGGGAUUGCGCGUUGAUCCAACCAUACUGGAAGAGGAUACACAAAAUGCUAGAGAAGUUCGCGGAUGCGCCCCCCCCCCGGAACCGGCAGCGAUGCUCCUACACCACACAACAGUUCCCCGCUCCAAAUACAAAAAAUCCAUGACUAUUAGAAUACUUAACGUGGCCAAACAAGUGCUCCCCCAAUUCUGGAAACAAACAGUUACACCCCCACUUUCGACCUGGUUUAGCCAAAUGGAAGAACUAAGGUCGAUAGAGGAACUGACCAUGACGGCCAACACUACACCCACUACCUACAUGAGCAUCUGGACGCACUGGAUUCUAGAGACGGCAAAAGAAGAGUUCCAAUUAGAACUCAGACCUAACACUAACGGACACCACGACACAGACAGAUAGCAUUUAGAACACACACCCCAGACGACGCUAGACGGCCGACAGACGAACUGAACGGAACUACACCCCCUUUUUCUUUUCUUCCCACCCCAACGCAUUCCCCCCCCCUUCAAAAUACCCGAGCAUCAUCAUUGACUGAAUCAUCCCCACCGCACCCAUAGCAAUAAGGGAAACCAUAAUCAGGAACGACUAACAAACACGAGCUGGUACACACUUCCAGACCAGUCCGGGACGUCACCCCAAAGCCAAAACACGCGAACACCUGUGAUAAUCCUGGACAGGCCCGGCAAUGACACGGCUAAUGCAGUAUCCACACACCCAAUAUAAGAGUACCCCCUACCUGCAAUAUCACCAUACCCCUGGUUAAACACGGGAAAUACUGCUAGUAAUAACGGGGGAAAACACAAGCCCACCACGGACAAUGCCACAUGGCUAAGGACACAGGGCCCUGUGAGACGCCCGUUGACAGAGACCAUAGGGGAAGCCUACAAACACUGACACCUAAUCAAGGACUGAUUAAUCCGGUUCAAGGACGGUUACAUGGCAUAAUGUUCACCCAGUUUAUGAAAACGUUACUUAACUUAUAUUCCCAAACAAAUGUAAAUACCAGAAAAUGGGGACUUGCGAGUCCUUCUACGAUGGGGCCUGCAACCCUAACUUGUUACCUUUUAUAAUAACAUACAAUGGAGACCUGCGCGUCUCAUCGAACAUUAAUAUAUGCAAAAUGAAUAAAAAUCAUAUUCACAAAAAAAAAAGUAGAAAUCCACACCACUGUCCUGAAACUGAGUGCCUCCAUCUUGGCUCCCACUGAUUGUGUCAUUUUGUGUCUUUAAAAACACAGCUUUUCACAGUUUUUCCACCCACAGUCAACAUCCAAAGCAAUGUGUGUCCUGGCUUUGCAUGUACUGAACUGGAUUGUGAUGUCAAUUGUUAAAUACACAUUUAAAAGACACUUGAAAUAAAAGUAAAAAAAAUUAUAGCUUGGGGUGGAGCUCUAAUUAUAAUUACAAGUUGGGGUGGACCUAGUGCCCCCUAGACCUCAUCCAUAGGCAGUGGAUGGGGACUCUAAUUAUUAUAAAAGGGGUGCUAGUUCCCCCAGUAUCUACCCACUGGUGGUGGGUGGAAGCUCUAAUUAUAAUACAUAAGUGUACCUAGUGUCCCCAGCCUAAACCCAUGGGCAGUGGGUGGGGGAGGAAUUGCUCCAGAGCACCUAGCAACCCCCCUUUAAAAUAAAAUUAUCCUAAUUACCCCUCUUCACAUUAAUAAUAGUGAGGAGGCCUAAAAGCGGUUACCCCGGAGAGCAGAGGGGUUCCAACCGCUGGAGGGUGUCCUUCUCCCGAUGGGUGAGGGGGUAUUCUCAGCAUCCAGUAGUCGUCCAGGUGAGAGAGCUCUUAAAAGAGCUAGUGUGAUUAGCUGUUUAGCUGGUUACCCCCAAUAAGAGAGAGGACUCUAGAUUGAGGGUGAAGAAGAACUGUUUUACUUGGCACCAAAGGGCCUUUUUUUAUGCAGGUUUUCCACACAUAGUACCACCCACAGGGUUUUUCAGAACAACCAAUAAACACAUACAAUGCAAGUACAGCAGCCAACCAGACACAAUGGGACAAUAGAAACACACCCAUCAUAUUCCUCCCCUCUGCUUAGGAGAUAAUUGAGUCAAUUACUGUAUCUACUCAAUUAUCUCCAAGCUGAAAAGUUACACUUUUUAUACAUCUUUAUAACUUUGAGAGUUUACAUCGCACAUACAAAUAUAUUAUUUUAACCAGUAUAACUUGGGGACAAACAUAUCCAAAAUUCACUUGAAUAGGUUCAGGGGUUUAAAAGUUAGGUCGAAGUCCUUUGUUAUCACUUGCAAGCAUGGCUUUUCCUGCCCAAACCAGUUCCCACUGGUCUGGCAGUGUCCCUGGGACAACGCCCUGCUGGAGAACAAUGGAGCUGGGGGAGGGGAAGAGCCACACCUUCUAAGGGAUUCAAAGGGGAAGAAAAAGUGUCCAAAAAGUUUCAAUAUGUCCAUACACUGUUUUUAAAGGGUCGGCACCGUACAAUAAAAGUCCAUAAGCCCAAAUGCUGGUUUAAACGGGUACAAUCUCCCUGGGGCCAUAGUCGCAGGGCAGGAGGCUGGAAAACAGGCCUCUCCAGGAACAAGUGGCAAAGUGUACUUCAUCACAGUUGCCAUCUAAAUGUUUUCUAAUUCAGACCCCAAAAAGGCUAAAAAUAAAAUCCAUAAUAAUGUGACACAACUAUUGAAAAAAAAAAACAAAAAAAAAAAACAAGUAACAAAAUAGAAAAGAUGAAAAAAAAUCAAAAGAACAAUUCAAUAAAAAAUAUUCAAUUUGAGCUUACAAAGUAGGAAAACCCCUUAGUAGGGCUUUCUUUCAUUGUGCAGCUUCAGUCAAAGAGCUCUGAUUGGUUGGGCUACAAGUCAACCAAUCAGAGUGCUCUGACUGAUAUUGCAUUGCAUGGAAUUUUUUUAUUGCAUUGCAUUUUUUAUUUUAUUUUAAUUUUUUGGCCUCUUUUUGCAAAUUGGCUCUUUUUAAGCUUCCAAUAGUUGCAUUGCAUUAUUAUAGAUUUUAUUUUGGGGGUGGGCUAAAGAAAAGAAGACUCAGAAGAAAGAAGAUAUUUGCUGGCAAGUAUGAGUUGUUUUUUUGUUUUUCAUUACAGCAGUUAUUUGUAUUAACUAAUAUUGACCUUGAUUUACUAUUUUACUUUCCAAAUGAUUUAAUAUUUUGGAUGAACUUUUAAAAAAAAAUUAGUAUUAUGAAAAAUAUUUUAGUUUUGUAAUCUUUUAAUAAUUGUUACAUAUUGGCAUUUAAAAAAAUAAUAAAUAAUUUGGAUAUAUUAUUCAUCAAUAUUAACUCGAGGCCAAUAUUAGUUAAUAAUAAGCAACUAAUUUUAUUAUUUACAACAUAAUAUUUACCCUGAUUAAGGAGAUUUUCUUCAAUUGGAGUGGGGGGGAGUAUGGGCUUGGGGACCUGUGCAAAGAGUGGGGGCAUGUCUGCCUGUAACAGCCAAAUGAUCUGUGAUAAUUGGUCAGCGGCGAUUUUGUACUCUUUUUCUGCCUAAAUGAUCGAUAACUGAAAUUGUCAGUCAUUUUGCCAUUCUUAAGACAGAAAUGCACAUGUCUAAUACCUUUAUAAAGUAUGACUGAAAUCAGUGAACAAAUCCUAAAACCAUGUUGUUGUUUUUUUAUUUUUAUUAUUAAAACCUUGUUUUAUUUUUGUUUUUCAGAAGUUUGCAAGACAUGCCUCAUGUAUUUCAACUGUUAAGCUAUGUUACCUAUCAGAAAUAUGCUAGUGAAUUACUAAUAGUCAACGAGUUUUCUGAUUUAACCUUUACCUGUGGUAAGUUUCCUCCAAUCAGCAUUGUGUUAUCCUCUACUGUAAACCAAUAAGGUGGAUUUACCACCAUUAUUUGUAAACACAUUAUACUGAUAAUAUAUAAAAGAUGAAACAAUUAUUUCAAAUUUUUGUUUGAUCCCCGUCUUCGGCAUUCCGCAGUAAGAAAGUGACUAAACUCAGUAAUUGUUUCCUGUUGUCUAUUCUUUCUUAUAAAUGAAAUACUAAGAAUGUACCUGUGCAUAUACUCAUUAAUUGUAUAUGCACAAAUGUUAACAGAUUAAAUGGCUAUAAUGGCCGCCAUCAAGGGAAAAAUACCCUAUGAAUUUGAAACGUGCCGAAUUGCCUUUUUUCAACAUCUAAGCAGGGCCUCACUACUAUGGCGCAAAAGCAUGCAGCCCAUCACCACCACCAUCCAAACCGCAGGACUCAUGUACAGGUGGGCAACCCCUAGAUCAUUAUGGGUAACCAAAGAUGACAAAGCCUACAAGAUCUCAGACCUGGAAGAGGGACCAACCUUGCUCGCCACAUUAGGACUCCUCAACCACACCAUGGGAAUACCCCGCACCCAACCAGGGACUAUUGCAAGCAUGCCAGUCUUGACCAACGGAGCAGAAGGAGUCCUUGUGACCUGAAGCCUAUGCCUCCUACACAAGCACACUACUGUUUCUGUUCUUCUGUUUUUCUUUGUUUUUAAUGCUUAUGUAUAGUGCCCUCACAGGUUGUUUAACAUGUAACUCAAUGAUAUUGAGGCCUUACCUACCAAAUGACAAAAUUACCUGAGCCUACUCAGGCUGGACUUCACAUGAAAGCCCUUAUGGGAUUGGGGAAAAGCCAGCAUGGGCACAUGCAGGUAAUGCGCCAGGUGCACUACCAGUAAGUGGGUUUCCAAUAGGCUCUACUUGGCGCAGGCCACUGCACUUGCUCUCCAAGAAAUCUAGCUUGACCAGAACAGACCAUGACCACACUAGCCUAACACAUGACUAUACCCAGAGUCUUCUGAACCAACUAACCUAUUUCUAGAUGCGACCUGAAGCACUGAAUGACGCCCAAGAGUACUCCCUAUACCUUUUGAAAUAGACCACUCAAUACCAAGUGAAACCUCUCCUGACGGUGUUAAUCUAAGUAUGACAUACGUAUGCUACCACAAACACUGCUAAACUGUAGAUAGCCCAUUUGAGUUAUCAAGCACAUAGAGAUGGACAGACCCAUACUCCUGUCUAGCCCAACCCAAAAAGGUGCAAUUUUUUAUAUAUGCCAUGUACACAUCUCACCUUGUUAUAUACCAAACCAUUUGUUCUCCUGAUUAUGGCAUGCUGCAUAUGUUCUGAUUCAUCUUCAUGUGCAGAAAAUGAAAAUAAAGAAUUUAAAAAAAUAUAUCUACUCAACAACUGAAACAUCAACAUUAAGAAAAAAAAUCUCUUUUCUUAAUUUUGCUUCAGUUGCCUAAUAGAUAAGUCCUUAAUUUGUAUUCUUAUGAAAAUCAAUUCAUCCUAAAACUUUUUGUUUUGUUCCAAAUCAGUUGAAAUUUGAUUUGAGAUGAAUUGCACAUGCCGCCCCAUGAUAUAUUGCAUUAGAAAAAGCAAUUAAUAAACCCUAGUCUUUGGUGUCUUUGUACACUUCUCUCUUGAUCUUUAUUUUUCUGUUGGAAGUUAGAUUUUUGGGUUGCAGGAACCAGGGAGCAAUUUGUCUUUGUUAUUUUUUUUUUUUUAAUUCUUUAUUUUCCGGUUGACAGAAUUGGCAAGUACACAGAUGUUGGACAGAAGGUAUUGUGUGGGCUUAUGCAAAAGCCAAAAAGUAAACAGUGUAGCAAUACAUUGUGAUACAGAGAGGUAUAUACCAGUAGAGUAGUUUUCUGAUAAUGCAACAUUAUUUUCUCGUAUAAGAUUCUGUUCUGUCGGUUUUCCAGACAUUUAAACAAGUCAAAACAAAACAAAACAAAUAUUAACAAGUUUGGACCUAAGAUCAUGUUUCCUUGGUGCGGCACAUGGAUUCGGAACUACAAGUUAAGGGGCGAAAGUGGAUUAAGCUCAGUUCCGGGAUAGAGUGUGGAUUGGGGGUUCCACACUUUGGGGUUUCCGAUGGGGUUGUGGGGGGUUGAGAAGGCGUCCCUGAUCUGUGGGUUGUACGGUUUUUCGGAGUUGCGUAUGUCCCUGUGGACCUGUCUUGGACACUGGCGUCGUGGCCCCUAUGGGUUAUGUGUUUGUGCGUGGCUUCUGUCGUGGUUGGUUGCCCCCUUUUUUUUUUUUUGGUGUCUUAUGUGGCAGUGGUGGGUUCCAUGAGCCACAGAUCCCAUAUUUUGUUACAAUGCGUUGUGGUGUCAUGAAUGAGAGCAAAUAAACUGUCCAUUGCCCUGGCUUCGUUCAUUUUUUUCUUUAUGUCAGUGAAUGACGGGACUGUGGGUGAGCCCCAGUGGGAGGCUAUGGCUCUCCUCGUUGCCAAUGCUAGUUUGGCUAGUAGUUUGUUAUGAGCCCGUGGUGUACCGUCCAGCGGUUUGGAUAGUAACCACAACCACGGGUCUCUUGGGAUGGUAUCAUGUAGGACUCUGGAGGCCAGGGCCAGUCUUUGUUAUUUUUUUUUUGUGCAGAAAAACAAAGAUGUUUCUGUUGUACAACCAACUGCAUAUGCAAUACGCUGAAAUGCACAAAUCCUUAAAGAAUGAGGACAAGGCAUAAGUUGAUGGCUUUAGGUGUAAUGACUGUAAUGACAAUUAAUGACAUAAUAUGAUGGCAGUACAGACUUGGUGUCUUAUCUAAUUUAUGUUCUUCUAUAAUAACCCAUUGCUGUUCAAUUACCUCUAUUUAAAUGGAAUUUCUUCUUUUUUUUUCAGGCGAAGCAAAUGGAACAUCUGGAUUAAACCCUCAGUGUGCAUUAACUAAUGGCAAUGACUUCAUUGAGAUGACAUUUCCAGGUGCAACAUCCAGAAUCACGUUUGACUUUUUAAUGCUGUACGCCUUUAUUCCUGCUGUGACAAUUCUUUGUAUCAUAAGCUUUAAAAUCCGUGAUAUUUUAAUUCGCAGAUAGAUUGCCUAUUAAAUGAGGCACAUGUUUAGAUUUGAAGAGCCAGCACUGCUGUCAGUUUUCCUGGUGUAGAUUAUUAUUAUUAUUGCAGCUUUAAUCAACAAGUUGCUCCGUCUCAAAACAAGACGGCAGCUGGAAAGCCAGUAAACGGAUUGACUUAUUCAUGCACUGUACAUAAAUAUGAAGAAUCCUCUAAUAAUGUUUUUUUUUUUUUUUAAUUUUCAUCUGGAAUAUUUGUAUUCAUAAUGAAUGCAUUUUACUAAUACUUGUAAAUCAAUCAUGUAAAUAGACACAUGUUCCCUUAACCUAGGCCUGCACCCCUACACCCCCAGAUGUUUUGAACUACAACUCCCACAAUCCCCUGGCUAUCUGUUUCAUUUAAAAAAACAUGGGUGUUGUCUAUCUUUUUCAUUAAAUGAAUCAUGGAGGUUGUAGUUCAAAAACAUCUGGGGGGCGCAGGUUGUGCAGGCCUGCCUUAACCUAAUGUUCUACAAUGAUUUUAUUAUUAUUUUAUUGAAUAUGUUAUAUAUAUAUUUACAAUUUACAAAGAGAGCACCAUACGCUAGAUGGUAUGGUCAUAACAUGAUUAAUCUGCCCAGGUGCUAAAGAAUCAUAGGUAUAACAGAUUAGAAUUAUUAAUGAACUAUAUAUUACAGGGAAGGAUGACCAAUACAAAAGUCUUAUACUUAUAAAAGCAAAACUAUGCAGGGAGAAGCAUAUAUAUCACUCCUUAAUGAUCAACACUACAAAACUUACAUCUCAAAAGAGCAGAAAGUUUUGACCUGCUUUUAAAAACGGAUUGUCUAAAUAUUUGUUGGUUACAGGAUGCAUAUUACAAGGAGCACCAUUAUGUUUCAAAGCCAAUAGUUUUAAAAAUGUCAAAUGCUGUGACUGUAAAUUUAGAGGGACACUCCAUAGACUCCAUCUACCUAUGUUCCCCAAAUAGUUUUUUUAAGUGCAAGGAGCUAACCUACCCCUCUCUCCCUUCAUUCUAAUUAUGAUAACUGCAGCAAUGGUAGCAAACCCAUGCAAAAUUGGCAUGCCCAUACUGUACAGGUUGUAACUACCUUAUAAGGGCAUUCUCAUAACAAGAAAGCAUUCUGAAUAGCUUGGAGCAUGCAUAGACAGCACUAGCUGCAUUCCUCAAACAAUAUGAUUGAAACAUUUUUUUUUUUUUCCAUGGGUGAAAUUCCUCUUUAGUGCUUUACGACUACAAGUGUUAAGUAAAAGCAGGAAUAGAAAGAAAGGGGUAGGAUAGAUAAAUGUUAGGUAGAGGGUAUAGGGUAAUCUAACAUUAUAUGAUUUUAUGGGUAUGAGUUUAUGGGAUCUGCUUAAUGUACCCACUUGGGAGGGGUAGCACUAGUGUCCCUUUAACAUCAGUAUCCCAAACUACCUGAUAUGCUAAAACAAGGGAAAAAAACACAUCUCCAAUUUCUGUUCGGUAACAACCCCACCCCGUAUAUAGGUUUGUCAUUGGAUAAAUGCAAAAAUUGUUAAUUAGUUCUGAUUGCUUUCUUGGACCCAUUCACCACUUGUGGAAGUUUAUAGUCCACCAGUUUUUAUGGCACAUUAAUAUAGAAAACCUAGAGCAUCUGAUAAGGGUGGUCAAAUAAACAUUUAUACACUAUCAUUUUGCCACCAGUUUUGCUACAAUUUGUGGUACAUAUUUCUCAUGUUUUGAUCAUACACAGUGCACUCUGACAGACAGGAUUACUCACUAACGUGAAAAUUUCCAAGUUAGAUCCAAAGUGAAUGGCAAAAUUAAGGCCUAAGUAGCCAAAUUGGAAGCAUAGCCAAUGUCUGGAGACUCUGCUGAAAUCGCAAAAAGAUAACUGCUGGGUCCGGGAGGGAGAGGUUGGGUCAGGUAAGGUGAGUUUUACUUACCUGAACUUGUCCCUUUUGGGCAUCACCAUCUUUCUUGGCCUGCUACUCUGCGUAUGUCACUGCUGUACUCUUGCGCAUGCACAAAAGUAUUACAGGAUCCUCCAUAGAAACAGACAAUUUCCUGCAGCUGUCACUGAUGAUGACUGUGGGGAUUGACAGUUAGAUUCCGCCCUAAGUCUAAUAAAGUCAGGCAGAAGAAAUACAAAGACAAUGUAAUCUGUAUAUCUCUUGACUAGGCUGGAAUCUCAGUAAAAUUCAAACACAGUUUUAAUGAGUAUUCCAUAAAGAUCCUAUAUUUAUGAAGUAAUCAAUGGUCAGGGGGGUGAUAGUGCUGCUUUAAAUGUGAAUCUCACUUUAAUUCUCUGCAAAACUCAAAGCCGUGUAUAAGUUUCUCCCCAUGGAGAAGGCAAAUACUUAAUUUUAAGUACAAAUAGCUUUACUUAUCUCUGAUGUGAUCAAACAAGGUCUUCAUGUGGAAUCCUGCAUCUAUUACACAAUGUUCAAUAACUGCAGGGAAUGAUGCAGAGAGGCCCAAUUUGAUACUUUACAGAUCUAUCAUCCAUUAACAUCAGUAAGGCAUCAACAAAGGUGUAGAUAAAACAUAGAAGAUUGAUUAUACAAUUACAUGAAAUGUUAAGAUUCUCUCUUUAUGCUCUUAUCAUGGGGCACUAAGUUUCUGUAACGACAAUCACUAUGAACUUAAAAGAAUCCCUGCGGCAGGAGCCUGGUCAUCUAUACAGUGAAUCUGGCACUAUAGUGUUAAGAAUACAAAGUUUAUAAUAAUACAUGAACUAUUAUUAAUAACUUGCUUUAGAAAUGUAUAAAGACACCCUGGAAGAAAAAUAUGGAUUUAGUCACAUAUUAAGACCAUGGCAUACUUGGCACAUCACCCCAAAGUACACCAUUACGGAUUUACGGUUUACUUACUUGAUAUAUUUUCUAGCCUAGCAGGUCAGCUUAUGGAUGUCUAAUCUCUCUCAGCAAUUACAAUUAUUUUCGGUGGUUUCUAAACUGUAAAAAUGUAUUUGCAGUUCUGACAGUUGUGACUUUUCUAACGUUUAUAUUGCUGUUAUGUUUUUAUAAAUACUGGUUAAAUUGAUUUUAAAAUAAAAAAAUUAUGGACUUUA